CACCAGAAUAAAGAAGCACACAGCUGUUUCUCGAUAAAACAUUUUUUUUUACUUAAAAGUAGUGGAGUAGUUACAGGCGUUUAGAUUCUUUAAUUAGUGACGUUUGAGAUGAGAAAGAGGAAGUGAGUAUCCCUGACUUAAAAUAUGAGGAACUUACUCAACCAUAAUUAUUUCAGUAGGUAUCACUCAAGCUGCAGCACAUCGCUAACACUCCAGACUGCUACGAUCUCACGGAUCUGAUGUUGGGAUCACAACUGUGCCUACUGGUGUUGCUGGGAGCUGUAGUCCCCGCAUUGCAGCAGAGAGACCAAUGGUCAAGCCUAGACCACUCUAAUGACUACAACUAUGUCCGCCAUGUUGAAGAAGUUCAAAAAACCUUCUGCUCUUGGGAUUGUCUGAAGUUCACUCUGCAGUGGCCCGGGGCCUUCUGUACGUAUCUAAAUGAGAAGGCAAAGUGUGUUAUUCAACCAGAGAUCAACACCUGGACCAUUCAUGGGCUCUGGCCUCAGAAAGUUUAUAACUGCUGCGGCUGUUGGCAUCUCUUCCCCUCUGACCUCGAGGACCUUGAUGAAGAGCUGUCUCAGGAGUGGCCGUCCUUCGUGAAGUCCAAGUCCUACUUCCAGUUCUGGAAGAUGGAGUGGCUCAAGCAUGGUGUGUGUGCGGCCUGUGUUGAAGGACUCAACUCCCCGAUUAAGUAUUUCUCACUCUGCCUCAAACUACGACAACAAUUCAACAUCACAAGGGCUCUGUCAGAGGGGAGUGUGGUUCCGUCUUGUGAUCGCCCUUAUAAGCUUGCUGAACUCGAGGAGGUCCUGACUCCACUUAUAGGAGAGCACCAUGAAAUCCAGUGCAUCAAAGAUAAGCAGGACAGGGAGCUCUGGUUCCAGGUGAAGAUUCCUUUGUCCCGGAACCUCACCCUGGGCUGUCCCCGACCGAACCCCACUGCGGAGAGCGGCCCACCCCCCGCCGGGCAUCCCUGCCCUUCGCAGACCCCCAUCUACCUGGUGCCCAUAGACCAUGAAAACCCCCGUGAGCCCUGUGGCUGAGGGUCCUGCUAGUCCCUAGACUACGCCCUGCUAGACCCUAGACUAUACCCUUCUAGACCCUAGACUAUACCCUUCUAGACCCUAGACUAUACCCUUCUAGACCCUAGACAACAACCUGCUAGACCCUAGACUACACCCUGCUAGACCCUAGACGACACCCUGCUAGACCCUAGACUACACCCUUCUAGACCCUAGACUACACCCUGCUAGACCCUAGACUAUACCCUUCUAGACCCUAGACUAUACCCUUCUAGACCCUAGACUAUACCCUUCUAGACCCUAGACUACACCCUGCUAGACCCUAGACUAUACCCUUCUAGACCCUAGACUACACCCUGCUAGACCCUAGACUACACCCUGCUAGAACGUAGACUACACCCUGCUAGACCCUAGACCACACCCUGCUUGACGCUAGACUACACUGGUCUUGACGCUAGUCUUGAAUAAUAAUCAACAUUCUGCCUCGUAUUCUGUGUUAAAGUCAGACAAAUAAAACAAAAUUAUCUCUU